CGGUCGGUCGAGGAACUUAAUUUUCACAACAAGAAAUCAUGGCACUUUUCACAAAGCUUUGUCUUCGAAAUUUUUGCCUUUUAAAGUCAGUUAAUGGCGUGAAAUUAAAUAUUUCUUCCUCUUACAAGAGUGCAAUAGCAUUAGAAAAUAUCUAUCCAAACAGCAAGUUGACCCUCACGACCCCUGCAAAGGCCCCAGAAUCUAGCGAAAAAUUUGAUGGUUAUAUUCCUUUGAAAGAUCUCGUCAUUACAUACAGCAGAAGUAGCGGGCCUGGUGGUCAAAAUGUAAACACGGUGAACACCAAAGUGGACCUCCGGUUACAUCUGCAGUCGGCCAGCUGGCUACAUGCAGACAUCAGGUCAAAAUUGGCAGAAACACAAAAAAAUAAAAUCAACGCCGAUGGAUUUUUGGUGAUCAAGUCUGAUUUGACCCGGCAGCAGCAUUUGAAUCUGGCAGACUGUCUUUCCAAACUAAGAAAGCUGAUUUGGUCAGCAACUGCAGCUGAACCACCUCCACCCUCAGGAGAGUCGCUGGAGAAAAUAAGACGAAUGAGAGAAAAAGCUGCCAGGAAUAGAUUGCUGGAGAAAAGAAAUCGUUCUGCCAUAAAGGAGGGAAGACAAGCUCCGUCUUUGGAUUAAGAAGCUAUUAUAAUAGUUUUCAUGUUAAUAAAUUUUAAAAGAAAACUAAAUGUAUUUUUUUUUUAAUCAAUA